AUGUCUCUUACCUCCAUUCUCCGCCCUAUUCGGAUUGGGAGAUAUGCCUUACAGGCGGAAACACAAUGGCUCUGGAGACGACGUUUCGCGGAUCCCGGCGACUUUGUCCUGGUGGAAGAGUACACGUACUCGGGCACAAUAGAGGCGGCGGGACCUCUCGGGCUGAGUCUAGUACCUGUGGCCAUGGAUUCAGAUGGGAUAAAUCCUGAGUCGCUCGACGAAAUCUUGUCAACGUGGGAUGAACUUCAUCCUGGAGCCCGGGCACCAAAACUCCUCUACAUUAUACCAACGGGACACAACCCGACUGGCGUAACUCAGCCUCGACACCGGCGGCAAGAUGUUCUGGAAGUCGCCGAAAGACAUGAUCUUCUGAUUGUUGAGGACGAUCCUUACCAUUACCUCCAGUUUCCACGACCCGGUAGCGGGUCGGACUAUCUCUCCAUCCCUUCAUAUCUAUCGCUCUCCCGCUCGGGACGUGUGAUACGGCUUGACAGCACGUCUAAGAUUCUUGCGCCGGGAUUGAGAUUGGGUUGGCUUACAGCUCCAAAGGCCAUAGUCGAGACAUUCCAAGCGGCGCAUGAUCUGGGCUUCGUCCAAUCAAGCGGAGUCAGCCAGCUGGUCACGUACAAGCUGGUAUCAGAGACAUGGGGACAUGAUGGGUUUCUGCGAUGGCUUCAAGGCCUGGCGGGCUAUUACCACGCAAAGGCCACGGUAAUGCUCCGAGCCAUGGACAGAGAGCUGGGGACUGGAAUCCUGGCCGAUGUAUGCUCCUGGAACGCGAUCAGUGCCGGAAUGUUUAUUUGGCUCAGGAUUGAAUGUAGCAGGUUACCAGAGAUGUCCCAAACAGCGGUGGAUGCCGAAGCAAGGCAGCGAGCCCUAUUGAAGGUUGAGGACCGCAUUUAUACGGAAGCGAUAAAGGAAGGCGUACUGCCUUGCAAGGGUAGCUUUUUCCGAGCGUCCACGUCGCCCUGUGGUGGUGCCUCAAGCAAUGGGGCACAGCCGUCAGAUUCGAUCUUCCUGCGCCUGACAUUUGCGUCUUGUGAAGAGGAACAACUUGUCGCAGCAGUUGAACGUCUUGGGACUGCACUCCGCAACAUAUUCCACCCCAAAUCCGGGGUCAUCCAGACGGAAAUGGUGUAA